AUGCCGUCAAAAAUAGAUAAAGGAAAAGCUCUGUCCGCCGCCGGCGAGUCUCCCGUCAUAGACCGUGCUAUAUGGAAACCCCUCGCCUUCUCAUCUCCCAACUUUCCUUCCGCUGGCUCCGACGUCUACUACUUCUCCGAAGGCCACGCGGAGCAAUGUGGCUCUCGUCUGCCGAAGUACUUAUUCCCCUCCUUUGCCUUCUCCUGCCACCUCGCCGCCGUCAAUCUCCACGCGGACCCCACCACCGAGCAAGUCUUCGCCACGUUCUCUCUCACCACAGACUUCUCAUCUCCGGCUACGACGACGGCCAAAACCUUCUCCGGCGGCGGCGUCACUUCCGUCGUUAAAACUCUGUCGAAGAGCGAAACCAACCGCAAGAACAAAAGCUUGGUCUUGACGCUUCCGUCAAGAGCUCACGAGGUGUUCCGUAACUUGAAGGAUGAUGACCUGGACAUCUAUGACUUGAAUAAUCAACGUUGGAGGUUCGGCCACAUGGUCAGCGGAAGUCCGCCUAUGCAUGUGCUGACUAGUGGUUGGCACCAUUUCUUUUCAAGCAAGAAUCUUGUCGCCGGCGACGUGGUGGUCUUCGUACGGGAUGCUGACGGGAUAAUUUUCGUUGGCUUCCGACGUUGUGACAGCGAUGAAUGCGAUGCCAUCGCCAUGAAUGUGGAUGCAGCUUCCAGCAGUUCAACUACGAAGACGUUAAGGAAGAAGAGAGAGGAACCAGAGAUGGUCAUAGAAGCAUAUCGUUGGGCGGUAGAAUAUGGCGAAGGGAUGGUGGAAGGAAGGUUUUACCCUGACAGUAAGCUUCCAGUAUAUGUGGUGAAGAAGGAGGUGGUGGAAACCGCCAUGAGUGUUCAGUGGAAGCGAGGAAUGCGAGUGCAGAAGAAGUGGGAGAUGGCUGAUGGCUUCACUUGUUGGUUGCAUGGUACUGUGAGGGCUCUCUCGCCUGAAUCAAUUAAAAAUCCAUGGCGUAUGCUUGAGGUGAUUUGGGAUAAAACAACCUGCAAGAGGACGAUGGAAAAUCCAUGGGAUGUUGAGCCUGUCCAAGCUCUGAUUACAGAAAUGCCGGAAGAAGAAGAAAUCCUGAUUCUUGAUUAA